UCUUCACUCUUCUAACCAAUUUUUACAGGAGAGAGAGAGAGAGAGAGAGAGAGAGAGCUGUAGCGAAUGUCGUUAGAGAGGUUCAGAUAAUAAGUACAAACACAUAUGUGUGCAUUUAUAUAUACAACUGUGUGUAGACUGUAGAGAGAGAGAGAGAGAGAGAGAGAGAGAGAGAUCACAGGAGAGAUGGCGCAGACGGGGGACUGCGCGAGGAAAUGCAAGGAAGUAGGAGAAGUUACACUAGCAACGAAGACGAGAUCAGCUAUGGAGGUUACGAGCUCAACAGGCUCGUUUAAGAGAAGAAAAUUGGCGUCCGAUGUUCGUGACCACCACCAGUUCGUGAGCAACCGCUGCGACGUCGUGAGUUCGCCGGAUAAUCACUCGGUGUCGGCGCCCGCGAUUUCAGAGGAUUCAGGUCGCGCUUCGGUGCCUCGUUGCUCUAGCAAUGACUCCAGCGAUUUCGUGACGAAACCAGAAUUGAGAUCCGUAGAUCUGAAGGUUGAAUCAUGCGCUGAGGGUUAUGAAACUGAGAUCUCCAAGCUCGUCAAAUGCAGAUUCAGUAGAGAAACGACGCCAUCAAGCGAGAUUUCCGCAGACAUGGAAGAGCUGAAGUCAUCGACGGCAGCGAGUCUCCGGCAAAGACACCCGGAGGCGAAGAUACCGGCUGCGGCGGAGGUCGAGGAGUUCUUUGCUGCGGCGGAGAAGGAGGAGCAAAAGAGAUUCGCAGACAAGUACAACUACGAUGUAAAGAAGGACGUGCCAUUGGAAGGCCGGUACCAGUGGGUUCGGUUAAAGCUAUGAAGAGAGAGAGAGAGAGGACAUUGUUAAAGUGACACGAGAGGCAUGUUUCAUCUUUGAGGAAAGCUACCUUUGUAGUGGUGUACAGCUUUAUGUCUCUAUAUUUAUGUUAAAAGAAGCUCUUCAAAUUCGGGUACAAUUCGUUCAGAGAAGCUUCUUCUGGUUAGUAUGAGAGAACAAUGGGAAACAAUCUCUACGGAAAAAAUUCACACAUUUUGGUGUCUCUUUACUGUGGCAUUCAUUCAUCCUGGUGGGGGUCCCAGUAGAGGCCAGUAAUUUGUUGCGGAGCUAGUUCUAGAAGUUUGUUUCGUGAAAACGAAAAGUGCAUUUUGUUUGAGCUUCAUUUGGCUCUUUUUCCAGGGUUUGUCACUUUGUAUGCAUAGUCAAGCCCAUUUCUUGCAUUAUUGAUUCUACUAGUAUAUAUGUUCUUUGAAAUACAGUAUUAUUAAAGGGCGUGGAAUUUCAUUUGGAA